AUGGCGCAAGUCGCGGCAGCCAGCAGCGCCGUCGUUGCACCUAGUCCAACGGCUUCUCUGAAGCGCGAUGCCUUCAAUUCGCAGUCUCUUGGUCGCGGGCUGAAUGCCCAUGUCAAACAGUCGAAAGUCCUGCUAGUCGGCGCAGGUGGCAUCGGCUGUGAGCUGCUCAAGAACCUCGUCCUAACCGGCUUCGGCGAGGUCCAUGUGGUCGACCUCGACACAAUCGAUCUCAGCAAUCUUAACCGUCAAUUUCUAUUCAGACAAGAACACAUCAAGAAGUCUAAAGCUUUGGUCGCCAAAGAAGUAGCCGACAAAUUCAACCCCGCGGUCAAGAUCGUCGCCCACCACGCCAACAUCAAAGACGCCCAGUUCGGCAUCGAUUGGUUCGCGAGCUUUACCCUCGUCUUCAACGCCCUCGACAACCUCGAUGCCCGGCGGCACGUCAACAAGAUGUGUCUGGCCGCCGACGUCCCGCUGAUCGAAAGCGGCACGACCGGCUUCAACGGCCAGGUCCAGGUCAUCAAGAAGGGCGUGACAGCAUGCUACGACUGCGCGCCGAAAGAGACGCCCAAGACUUUCCCCGUCUGCACCAUCCGCAGCACACCCAGCCAGCCGAUCCAUUGCAUUGUGUGGGGAAAGAGCUGGCUGUUGAACGAGAUUUUUGGCACGAGCGAGGACGAGUCGGCGUUUGAUCAUUCGGCUGAUGCCGAGAACGCAAAGGAGAUAGAGGAGUUGAAGCGCGAGUCCGAAGCCCUACGCAAGAUCCGCAAUAGUGUCGGGUCCCCCGAGUUCCCGCAGAUGCUCUUCGACAAGGUGUUCAGCACCGACAUCCUGCGCCUGCGGUCCAUGGAGGACAUGUGGAAGACACGCAAGCCUCCAGAGCCGCUGGACUAUGCGACAGUCUACAAACAGGCGGAGGAGAAGGGCGUGCUGGCCAACCGUGAGGCGGUCCUGAAAGACGACCAGCGGGUGUGGACGCUCGAGGAAAACCUCGUCGUGUUUAUCGACAGUCUCGAGCGGUUGAGCAAGCGCGUGCAGGAGAUGCGUGCGGCAGGCGACGCCGAGGCGAUCAUUACCUUCGACAAGGACGACGAGGACACUCUAGACUUUGUCGCGUCCGCGGCGAACAUCCGGUCGACCUUGUUUGGGAUCGACCGCAAAAGCAAGUUUGAUAUCAAGCAGAUGGCCGGGAACAUUAUCCCUGCCAUUGCGACCACAAACGCGAUUGUUGCUGGGUUGUGCGUGUUGGAGGCGUUUAAGGUGCUGCGCGGGGAGUAUGAUAAAGUAAAAGAGGUUUUCUUGACGCCAUUUGCGCCUGCAAGGUUGCUCGCGUCGGAUAAGGCGCGCAUGCCGAACCCGGAGUGUCCCGUUUGUGGCGUUUUCCAGACAAGGGCAUACGUAGAUUUGUCGAGGGCGACGCUGAAUGAUUUGAUUGAGAAUUUUGUCAAGAUGGAGUUGGGCUUUGGGGAGAAGGAGAUCUCGGUCAGCAAUGAGGUCGGCAUUCUUUAUGAUCCGGAUGAGACGGAUAACUUGGAUAAGAAGUUGACUGAUUUGGGCAUCAAGCCCGACUCCUUCCUAACCAUAACCGACGAAGACGACGAAAACCCUUACGUGAAUGUCGUCAUCGCCAUUCAGGAAGCCAAAGAACCACUCGACUCCACGCCCAUCAAGCCUGCCGUACCAAGCGACUCCAUCAAGAUCCCGAUUAAGCCUAAGAAAGCUGCCACUGUGUCACCUCCCCCCUCAGGGCCUGCUAACGGCACGUCUGUGGAAGUGAUGGCCGUGGAUAGUACGGUGUCCGUCCCGACGAAGCGGCCUCGUGAAGAUGACGAGGCUGCUGCGGCGGUAAAGAAGGCGAAGGGUGAUGAGGGCGGGGCGAUUAUGAUUGUGGAUGAUGAUGAGGAUGUUGUGGUUCUAGAUGCCGGGACGGUGAAGAGUGGAAGGGGAGGGGGAAGUGCGGAUGGGGCGAUUGUGAUUGAUGAAGAUUGA